AUGUUAUCGAGGCGCAUGCUCAGCAAGGCCGAUGAGGAGGCUAUGGGCGACGAGGUUGAGGUUCGGAGGGAGGACCAGGACAAGAUCAACAGAUUCAGCCGUCUGCACUCGCACGAACUUGGUAUCGAAGAUGAACUCAAGAACAAGAACAAAGAGAAGGAGGAACUCGACGACCUUAGCACAGAGCUGGAGCUAGCUGACGAGGACGAGACCGUACCAUACAAGAUUGGCGACGCCUAUUUCCAUGUUCCGCAACCGCAAGCCCUAGAGAUGCUUGAGAAGGCUUCAUCCAAAAUAGAUCAGGAGGUCGAGGGGUUGGAAUCCAAGUUGGAGACGAUCAAGGAAGAGAUGACCCAACUCAAGGUCGAGCUGUACGCCAGAUUUGGAAAGAGCAUCAACCUUGAGACAUGA